GACGCCUGCCUGCUAGGGAGCCGCGUCGCUGUAGGCCCUAGCUGGCCAGUGGAGUUGAGCUACCGCGGGUUUGUCUUCCCUGGGUGCCCCGCGCUUGCUGGGCCGAAGACACGCGGCUGCUCCGGCCACGAGGAGCCAUGGAGCCUGGGAAGAGAAGAACCAAAGAUGAUACUUGGAAAGCAGAUGACCUCAGAAGACACCUUAAGGCUGUACAAUCAAGUAGUCCCAAGGAAGAAAAGAAACUCAGAGAAAAGAAGUUGCACAAGGAGUCGGAACUGGGCCUUUUGGAAUACAGAGAACACAAGAGCAGGGACCCAGAGCGAGAGGCCCGACACAAGGAAAAGAUUGCGGAGAGAGACCUUCACACCUCCACAGAACAUCUUCGUGGGGAGAGAGACCGGGAGAGGCACAAGGAGAGGAGGAAGGAGGUGAAAGACCGUGAGAAAGACAAGCUGAGAGAGAGACAUCGAGAACAAGAUGCAGAGAAGCCUCAUAGUCGAGGCAAAGACAGAGAGAGAGAGAGAGAGAAAGAGAGAAGAGCCAGGAAAGAAGAGCUCAGGCAGACUGUUGCCUACCAUGACCUCCUGGGGCGAGAGACACGUGGCCGGCAGAUGCUGGAGAGAGUGGAAAAGAAGGUCCACACAGCAAGUAAAGUACGAACUGAGGAGAGAGAAAAGAGAGAUGAAGAUUCUGAACGAGGAGAUGAAGACAGAGAAAGAAGAUACCGAGAAAGAAAGUUGCAGUAUGGAGACAGCAAAGAGAAUCCUCUCAACUACUGGCUGUACAAAGAGGAGAGUGAGAAGAAGCACAGGAAGGCAAAAGAUGCAGAUCGGGAGAGGAAGCACCGAGACAGAAGCAGCACGAGGGAGAAGAGGGAGAGACACUCGAGAGAGAAGGGGAACUCGCUCUCUGACAGGGAGGCGGAGGAGCGACACCGGGAGAAGCGGCACAAGGAAGGCCUUCAUCAUGACGAGGAGAGGCGCCGAAGUCACUCAGACAAAAAAGAGAGAUCUGCCAAGGAAGAGCACAAGAAGAGGGAAACCAAGGAACCUGAAAAGGAAGACCUUGAUUUAGAGGCUACUGGGACUGAGGAAUAUCUGGCCAAUUUUGAAGAUGAUUUUGAAGAUUACGAAGAUGACUUUGAGGUUUGUGAUGGAGAUGAUGACAGCAAUAAUGAGCAUGACUCUAGAGAAAAAGCCGAAGAACUUCCUCUAGCCCAGAAAAGGGAAAUACAAGAAAUUCAAAAGGCAAUCAGUGCAGAGAAUGAAAGGGUUGGAGAGUUAUCUUUGAAACUGUUUCAGAAGCAAGGUCGAAUGGAGUAUGAGAAGGAGUCCUGGGCAGGAACUGUUUCAUUGUCACAAAACAGCCUUUUCCCCUGUGCAGAUGCAAAUGAUUCCAUUUCCAGAACCCCUGUGUGUGGAAUUUUUGUGGAUUUUGCAACAGCCUCACAUCGCCAGAAGAGCCGGAGUCAGGCUCUCAAGCAGAAGACACGAAGUACAAAACUGCUCCGGCUUAUUGAUUUAGACUUUUCCUUCACCUUUUCUCUCUUGGACCUACCACCAGUCAAUGAGUAUGACAUGUAUAUUAGGAACUUCGGGAAAAAAAAUACCAAGCAGGCAUAUGUUCAGUACAAUGAAGAUAAUGUUGAGAGAGAUGUUCAGACUGAAGAGAUAGAAACCAGGGAAGUGUGGACCCAGCACCCAGGAGAAGGCACUGUUGUAUCUGGAGGUAGUGAAGAAAAAGACUUCUCUGAUGUCAUAGUUGUACCAAAGAUUGACACUCCACGGUUGUCUAGUUUUCUCCGGGCAGCAUGCCAGGUGGUUGCUGUUUUGCUUGAAGAGGACCGUUUGGCAGCUGGACCCAGCUGGAAUCCCCAGGCACAAGACAAAGCUCUGAACAUCAGCGACAACUCCUCCCAACUUAACACAAACCUGCCAUUCCUUCAGGGGAGGAAAGUAUCCUGUUUGCAUGCCUCUCGAGUUCAGAGGCAGACUGUCGUUUCUGUUCAUGACUUACCUGAAAAGGCAUUUGCCCCAUCUCUGGAUAGCAGGCACCUCCUCUGUGUGUGGGAUAUUUGGCAGCCCUCAGGGCCCCAGAAGGUCCUGAUAUGUGAGUCAAAGGUCACAUGUUGCUGCUUUAGCCCUUUAAAAGCAUUUUUACUGUUUGCGGGAACAGUACAUGGCUCUGUGGUCCUUUGGGACUUAAGAGAAGACUCCAGGAUACACCAUUAUGUGAGACUAAGCAAUUGUCUCUGGGCCUUCAGGACCCCAACGUUUUCCACAGAUGGAGUCCUCACAUCAGUGAACCACCAAAGUCCUCUUCAUGCCAUAGAGCCGGUGGCCACAUCUGCCUACAAAAAGCAGAGCUUGGUGCUUUCACCCUUUUCUACUCAAGAAGAAAUGGCAGGCUUGUCAUUUCAUAUCGCUUCCCUGGACGAGAGCGGUAUUCUCAAUGUGUGGGUGGUUGUUGAAUUACCAAAGGCAGAUAUCUCAGGUUCAAUGAGUGAUUUAGGUCUGAUACCUGGAGGAAGGAUCAAAUUGGUGCACAGCACUGUGAUCCAGCUGGGCGACAGUCUUUCCCAUAAAGAUAGUGAAUUCUGGGGAUCCACACAAACACUAAGUGUCAAAUUUCUGCCUUCAGAUCCAAAUCACUUUGUUGUUGGCACUGACAUGGGACUUAUAAGCCACAGUACCAGACAAGAUUGGAAAGUAUCUCCUAAGGUGUUCAAACCUCAGCAACAUGGUGUCAGACCAAUAAAAGUUAACGUGAUUGAAUUUUCACCAUUUGAAGAAACAGUAUUCUUGGCUGGCUGCUCAGAUGGAAGCAUCAGACUGCACCACCUGACGUCUGAGAGGCCUGUCAUGCAGUGGGACAACAGUACCAGGGGCCGCUCUGUUACUAACCUGCAGUGGUCCCCAACAAGGCCUGCUGUGUUCUUGGUCCAGGAUGAUGCAUCCAGGAUCUAUGUCUGGGACCUUCUUGAGAAUGACCUGGGUCCUGUGGCUCAGCAGCCCAUCUCUCCAGACAGGCUUGUGGCCAUGACCAUCAUGGGGGAUCCAGAGAAGGUCAGUGGUAGCUUUGUGGCCCUGGUGUUGGCCAGGGCCUCUGGCACAGUCGACAUCCAGUACCUGAAGAGGCAGUGGACCAUCCCAGCGGCAGAUGAGCACAGCCAGCUGCAUGUACUUCUUCAGAAAUGAAGAUUUAGUGUCAGGAGAAUGAUGAGUACAUAAGACUUGAUUACAAGAUGGAUCCCUUGACUCUGUGUUCAUGUGCAUUUGUGUACAUAGAAUAUGUAUAUUCUGUACAUAAUUUGUUUUAGAAGAACGGUACUUUGGUAUUCUCAGGAAAUAAAUCACUAUUUUUAAUGGAAACAGUGAACAUUUUAGUAUAUACUAAACUUCAAAGGAAAUACCAAGUGAUGUCCAAAAGGCUCUUCUAAGAGUAUUUCCAGUUAUUUUUGGAACACUUUAAAAAUACUGUCACAUUUAUUACUGGAUUUUAAACAGCCCACCAUGAAAAUGUACUUUUAUGGACUAUUUUCUUAGCCAUGCAUAAAAUGAUGAACAUGUAUCUAAAGUUAAAAAAAUUUGCUCACUUUGGAGAUGACCUCCACUAGCCUUCUGUUUUUACAAGUUUUUUUGAACACCAGCUUUUGGUGUGAUUUGAAUGACACUCAUAGAAUUGAGUCAGACAUGUUUUAUAGCGUGCUUUAGCAUGAAAACAUUUUUCAUAUAGAAAUAAUACAAGUGAAUACAUUGUCUUGAACAUGGAGUGGUAGGAGACACAUGAAUUUAUUUGUGCUGUUGUAAGAAUUUGAAAAUCCCAGAAAGUGGUUUCUCACAGUUGGAGAGGUAGAAAUUUAAAGUUCUGCCUCCAAGAUAUCACCGUGCAGCCAUGUCUUUACUUGGUAGAAGGCAAAGGACAGAGAGAGUGCUAGUCUGUUCCCUUCCCUUCUCCUACAGCUGCACUAUCCACUCAGGAGAGCUCAUCCUCCCUACAGGCACCAUUGCCUUUAGGUCCAAAUCCCAGCUUGUGGAUUGGAAGGCCACACAUGUCAAAACCACACAGGAGGAGAGUCUGAGGCCAGAACCGGAGUGCUUUGGGCCCGGAAGGCGGCUGGACAACUGUGCUGCCUGCAUCUGAGCUGCUUCAGAGAGUGAGAAAUUUCUGGGGACUGACCCUCAGCCUUAGCCUGGUGCAGCAUGUGAGGAGCCUGUACUUGGGAGUGUGUCUCUAGUGUGUGAAUAGGUCCUGACUUCGAUCACAGUGCUGCUCUGCAGAUGGACAGAUAGAGUGUUGUGCCUGUGUGACGUUUCCUUCAUCCAGUCAAAAUCUACGCACUCCAUCUUCCUGCCCAGACUGUGUGGUAUCCCUGGUUAUUCUGUCUACACCUAAUCGAUGAUCGAUCGAGGGCACAUUCUUUCUUACCAGCUUUGUAAACUCCAUGUGCGCAGAAGUCAUUUACUCACCCUGCCCAACCACUGUGUACAUUUGAGCCCAUUUGUGGAUUGUUUCCUAAGGUGAUGUGUUUGAUUUCAAAAGCUAUUCGUUCACUGCGGUGCCAUCUAGAAAACCGGAUUAUACAUUUUUAAAUAUAUCCAUUGGCUGUCCCUGUGUUUUCUUUUGA